GUGUCGAACUAUGUACAAACGAACUAUCAAUGUGCUGAUGUGCUAUAAAUGAGAAUUAUCAACAAAGAACGGAGGACCGAACGAGAUUUCCAGAUUGACAUCCAGAUGCAGCAGCCCAGGCCAGCAGAAGGCAGCUAAUAAAACGAAGUGAUGGAAAGCGACCCGACAGAUAAGUAAAACCAAUCGAAGUGUUUCUACAUAAAAUAUAUUAUUAGUGACAUUUGAAAAUUGCUAAUUGUUAGAUCUGAUAAAUAUGAGUAAUGCCGAGCGAAACAUUUAUUAAUAAUCUAGAUAAACUACUUCAAAUCGAACAAAAUCUUAGAAAAUCUAUUAAUAAAAAUACAGGAUCAGACACAUUAAAAAUAAAUCUAGAAGCCGCUUGUAAAUUAUUUUAGGAUAUUGAAACCGAGUUGAUUGAAAGGCAAAAUAAAAUUACAGAUACCCAACUAUUUUCUUAUCUAAAAAGAGCGAGAAAUUCAAUCGAUUAUAUAAAGCAGGUCAUACGUAGCAAGACAGUAAAUACCACAAAAGUAACCAUCAAAAAUCCCAUAAAUAUGGCUUUCGAUGCGAAACUAGCCGCAUCGAUACUAUUACCGUUCGAUGGUGAUAGUGAAAAACUGUCCAGUUUCAAAGACAGCGUAAAUUUUUUUAAAUCAGUUACACAAGCAGCAAAUCUCCCAACACUCAAACUUUUCAUUUUAACGAGAAUUUCAGGCAAGGCUCGCGAUGCAUUGCUUACUGAUAUUGAAAACAAAUCAAUCGAUGAAAUAAUUGACUUAAUAACCCAAAGUUGUGACAGCAAAAUAACCUCAGACCAGGUUCUUGCUAAGUUAAAAGCUAUAAAAAAGGGAACAGCUAGACAACAAUACUGCGAAGAAAUUGAAUCGCUUUGCAGCCAAUUAUCAAGAACAUACGUUAAAGAGGGCAUUCCACAAGUUACUGCCAAGAAAAUAGCUACGAAAGCAGGCGUGGAAACGUUGAUUAAAACCGUCUCCACAGAAAAUGCGAAAAUUGUUCUACAGGCUGGCUCAUUUCCAACAAUUGAGCAAGCUAUUCAAAAACUUAACGAGCUACCGGAUAAUGCCGAAAGCAACGAUGUCAACCGCAUUUUUAAUAUAAACGCAAACCAAAAAAGAUAUCAGAACUUUAACCAAGGUCAGCGAGGAAACUGGAAGAGGGGUGUGAAUAGUAACAACAAUAAUUUUGCACGCCGUGGUCCCCAUGCAAAUUACCAACGUUUCAAUAAUGCAGCACGCUUUGACAACCGUCCGCAUAACGGUAACUAUCGUGGCCGUUCUUACUACCGUGGUCACCCACCUCAAGGGCGACAAUCGCAUAGAAUUUAUUUUGCUGACGCCCAAAAUGAUGCACCAGCAGCAAACGCAAUUUACAGCCAACAACCAUAUGUUAAUGACGAAGGUCAUUCAAACUGGAACAUGAACCCUCAACCUCAACAAAAUUCAACCAAUCAACCUCAGAACCAAAAUUUUUUAGGAACAUUGGGUCAGUAUACUCAAUCAAUGUAGCAGCAUCAAAUUUUAUUAACGUAUCAGUUAACGCAUCAAACAAACUAUGCUCGUUCCUAGUUGAUUCAGGAGCAGAUAUUUCAUUGCUAAAAUUAAAUGUUCUAAAUCAGGGAAUACCUAUCAAUUCAAAUAAUACAUGUGUGUUACGUGGGAUAACAACUAGCGAAUUAAAAACCACCGGAACAAUCAAUUGUUUAACCUACAUACAAAAUACAGCUGUAAAUAGUACUUUCCACUUAAUUAAUGACGACUUCCCUAUACCUACUGACGGUAUACUGGGGAGAGAUUUCUUGACAUCAUACCGAUGCGAAAUAAAUUAUGACACAUGGAUUUUAUCCGCAUAUGUGAACAAUACCCGAAUAGAAGUACCCAUUCAAAACAACCUUAACGGAUCCACAUGGAUUCCGGCUAGGUCAGAAGUUUUUAGGAUAAUAAAAGAUUUUAAUACAAAUAAUGAUGUAGUUAUUAACUCAUCAGAAAUUUCACCAGGCGUUUUUUGUGCUAACGCCAUUGUAAAUAAUAUUGCACCUUAUGUAAAAAUUAUCAAUACUAAUGAACACCCUGUACAAAUAAACAACCCUAUAUUUACCUUUACUGAUCUUAAUGAAUUUCAUAUAGCGAAUAUACAAACUAAUCACAAUGCCGCUAGGCUUGAAAAACUGCAUGCAGAGUUAAAUUUAGAGGGAACUCCAUCAUUUGCUAGGGAGCCUUUAACACAACUUUGUAAUGAAUUUAAUGAUAUUUUUAGCUUAAAAGACGAUUUAUUAACAUGUAAUAAUUUUUAUAAACAAAAGAUAAAUUUAAAGGAUAAAACACCGGUUUACAUAAAAAAUUACCGGAAUGCACACUGUAAUAGGGAAGAAAUCUGUCGUCAAGUCGAUGAUUUAGUUGCAAACGAUAUUAUUGAACCUUCAGUAUCGAGUUAUAACUCACCAUUAUUACUUGUUCCUAAGAAGUCCGCUACUAAUGAGAAAAAAUGGAGAUUAGUAGUUGACUUCCGGCAGUUGAACAAAAAACUACUCGCAGAUAAAUUUCCUUUGCCAAGGAUCGAUGAUAUUCUCGAUCAGCUUGGCAGAGCUAAAUAUUUUUCAACCCUAGACCUCAUGUCUGGCUUUCACCAGAUCGAGAUCGAGAAAAACUCUAGAGAGUUUACCGCGUUCUCCUUGCAGGAACGUGGAC